AUGGUGAAGAGAGAUGAGAGUUUUUUCGCACUUGAGAUAAAACAUCAGUGGCGUGGUGCAGGAAGCACCAGUCUUGUGCACCUGAACAUCCGGAGCCAAAAGCGUCAAGGCGCGCAUUACACCAGUGCUUCGGUGUGCGAUUCCAUUCAGCAUCUUCACCUACUGGCCAAGUAUCACAUACACGGUCCCAUGCACUAUUAUCGGGCAGCACAGUACCUCUGCCCGUGCGGCAACAGUGAGUGGGAUCACGUGACCAAGCUCCCUAAGGCAAUGACGCCUGCUAAUCUAUGGAGACUCCCGGAUCUUUACUUCUGUAGUGGGUGCAGUGUGCUCCGAUGCCGUUUCUGCUGUGUGGUUUCGGUCGAGUGCAAGUACUGCGCCCGGUGCAUGGCGGACUACAGCGGUGUGCGGGGCGUAACAAGGUGCCAGAAAAACUGCUUCGAGUGUCCACAGUGCCAAGCGCCACUCACGGUGGUUGUAAAAGACGCAGUCAAGGAUAAGGUGCGCGGGAAACAGUUUGAAUUCCGCUGCGGUAUCUGUCCCUAUGUGUAUGAGACGCGUGUUGUCACGCAGCCCAUGGCUCUUGCAAACAUUGUGAAGGGCGAACGUAACAGCGAGUUCUCGCGACUAGCUUCAUUGUGGGGCGAGGCGCGCUCCAGCGUGAAGGAGCCUUCGGACCCGGCGGUAGCUGCGCGCAUGGCGAAGAUGGGCAUUCGUGCCCCAAUGAACGAGGAGGAUAGGGGAACAGUAAGAGCCAGGGAGAAAACGAAGCAAUGCAGCGUGCUGAAAGAGCAGCUGCCCACACCUGGGGACAAAGCUGAAAAUAGUGAAGCGGGAUGCUCCAAACAAGACAGUGGCACGAGGACAGCCAUCGAGCCUGCGCUUUCGCUUCCGCUCGGCCAUCACCUAACAGCUAAGAGGUCUUUUGCAUGCGGUCUGUGCCGCGCGCCAUUGUGUGUCCCCACGAGCGAUCCGCGCCUGAUGAAAUUCGCCCACAAACAGUUCGCAGUUGACAUGGUGCCCACGGUGUGCGCGCGGGCCCUUGGGCCACUUUCUGGUGAAGUUGCCUGUACUCUCAGCGUCAUGAACCCGUUGCCGGCCAGCAUUACCAUGACUGCGGCUGUUGUGCUGCAAAACCCACACGGGGCUCACGUAGCAAUGCCAAUAACCACCUUCAGUGUACAAGGCCACAAGGCGAGCGUCGCAGCUUCCGUACCCGCUGUGUACUUGACCGGGCGCACCAGUCAGGCGCGCGCCGAACAAUUGGAGCGGGCGGUGCGAAGAGGACCGCUGCUGACAGUGGAGGUCGGGCCCAACUGGACAGCAGUGCCAUUUACCAUGACCUUGCUCGAGGGUGGUGAGCCAGUGGUGCCGUUUUACUUGACAGUAGAGCAGGUGGGCGGUUCCAAGUUUGGGUUUUGGGUUGUGUGCCAAGUCGAGGAGCAAUAA